AUGAAGGCCACAAUUCUCAACCUCGCCGUGGCGGCAACCCUCGCCACCGGCGCUGCCGCUCAACCUCACCAGCACGGGCACCAUGCGCACCACAAGAAGCGUCUCAACUCCCCGGGCGAGAAGCGCGAGGUCGAAACCACCUACGUGCCUGCCACUGUGACCCAGUACAUCCUGGGUAACGAUGAAGUAACCCCCGAGGAGGCCAAGGCUGGCUUGGACAAGGGGCUCUACAUUGUUGUUGGCGAGACCACGCCCACGUACACUGCGCCGUCCGCCCCGGCUGUCACUAGCGCUUCUUCAAAGGAAGAUGGUGUCUUCAUCGAGGAGGCCACCAGCAGCUCAUCCAGCUCAUCAACCUCAUCGACCACGUUGACCACAUCGACUACCCCGUCUCCCACCCCUUCCCCGACCACGUCUGUCAUUUCGACUGCUGAGCCCGAGGCCACGUCGGCCACGUCCUCUGACUCAGGCUCCAACGACAGCACCAGUACUGGACUCGACACUGAGUACGAGGAUGGCGCAUGCGACUGCGACGAUUUCUCGUGCAUUGCCAAGUACGGUGCACUGGCUCUCGACUACCUGGGCUAUGGUGGCUUCAGCGGAAUUCAGUACACACCCGACUACAGCCCCGGCGCCUCUGCCAUCAGCUUCAUCGAGACAGCUAUCAGCAAACCAGAUGGCAAGACCGGCUUCUACUCCUAUGCUUGCCCUGAAAACUAUUUCAAGUCCCAAUAUCCAGAGGCCCAGGGUAGGACCGGCGAGUCGAUUGGUGGUCUCUACUGCAACAGCAACGGUAAACUCGAACGGACGCGACGCGACCACAAGACGCUCUGCGAAGAGGGUAUUGGAGGCAUUACCAUCGUGAACAACAUGAGCAAGGGAACUUCCGUUUGCCGAACCGAUUACCCUGGUACUGAGGCCAUGGUCAUCCCGCUGGAUGUCACGGCCGGCGGUACUUUCAGUCUGGCCAACGUUGAUUCUGAGGAUUACUACUCUUGGACAGGCAAAUCGACCACAUUCCAGUACUAUCUGAACAAGCAGGGCGUGACCGCCGAGGACGGAUGCCGAUGGACAUGCGCUGACGACCCUACUGGUUGCGGAAACUGGGCCCCCACCGUCAUUGGCGCCGGCCAGUCUAGCGAUGGCAACACCUACGUCGGCCUCUUUGCCAACUCGGCUAUCUCCAAAGCGACACUGGACUUCAACGUCUUGAUUAGUGGCGACGUCGAUGGCGGUGUAGAUUGCCACUAUAAAGUUGGCUCGGGCUAUGCCGUUGAUAACAAUGGGUGCACGGUCUCCUUUGGCAAAGGCAAAUCGAUCACCAUCACGUUCGAAGAUGCGUAA